AUGAGCUUCGUCCCCGUCAACCCGCGGCCGAUGCUGCAGGACCUCGUCGACAAGCACGUCUCGGUGCGGCUCAAGUGGGGGCAGACGGAGUACCAGGGCGUGCUCAAGGCCAUCGACAGCUACAUGAACCUGCAGCUGUCGGGCACGCGCGAGGUCAUUGACAACAAGGAGACGGGCGUGCUGGGCCAGGUGCUCAUCCGGUGCAACAACGUCUUGUGGAUUCGGGGCGUCGACGGCACGGAGAUAAGCGACGCUGAAAUGAAGGAUUAG